GUUCUUAUGUGCACAAUUUCAUACCAUAAAUUAUUUUCAUAAUAUCUGUAUAUAAAAAUAUUCUGACAAUAUUGUGUAAUUUGAAUUUCUUUUCUUUUUUUAAUAUUGCAAAGUAUUUCGGGCAGGGUGCUUGUGUUACACUCCAGACUUAUUGCACCUCUAGGUCCCUGUUAUGGCAUCCCAUUUUCCUACUCAUGUUACAUCUAUGACUGUAGUUAUCUGAGGGGCCCUCCCGGGUACAGCAUGUGCUUUUAAAAUUCACAACAUCCCCCUUCAGAAAAGCCCAUGUUGCUCUUGUACAGGACAUAAUUACUACCACAGCGUCUUGGCUCACCACCUAAAAUGUGUGUUUUUCUGUGCGACAGACUAACCUUUUGAAAUGUGAGUGUUUCCGUGUCUCCCAGUCUUCUGUGUCAUAUUUACUGUUGCCUGAAUGCCUGUAGAUGUGUGUUUCUCGCUGUGUGUCUUUGUCUGUGUCUCGCUCUGUAUUUGCGUUUUGUUGUCUGUACUCCCUAGUCUGAUCACACCAGUGUCUGACAGCCCCUGUCCUGUACUUACACAGCAUAAGCUGAAGUCUUCACAGAGGGACAAGGUACGGCAGUUCAUGUCCUUCACACAGGCUGGGGAGAAGACAGCUGUGUACUGCCUCACACAGAAUGACUGGAAACUAGAAGUUGCUACCGACAACUACUUUCAGAAUCCAGAUCUCUACUGUAAAGAAUCCAUGAAAACGUCAGUAGACCGGAAAAGGCUGGAGCAGCUCUACAAUCGCUACAAAGAUCCCCAUGAUGAGAAUAAGAUUGGUAUCGAUGGUAUCCAGCAGUUUUGUGAUGACCUCUCGCUGGAUCCAGCCAGCAUCACAGUGUUGGUCGUCGCAUGGAAGUUUCGUGCUGCCACUCAGUGCGAGUUCACCAAGAAAGAGUUUCUGGAUGGAAUGACAGAGGUGGGAUGUGACAGCCCAGAAAAACUGAAGGCCCUUUUGCCAAGAUUAGAGCAGGAGCUCAAAGAUAGUGGGAAGUUCAAGGACUUCUACCAGUUCACCUUUAACUUUGCCAAAAAUCCCGGACAGAAGGGUCUAGACUUGGAGAUGGCUGUUGCCUACUGGAACCUGGUUCUGUCAGGACGAUUUAAGUUCCUUGAUCUUUGGAAUAGAUUCCUUUUGGAACACCAUAAACGAUCCAUCCCAAAGGACACAUGGAACCUAUUGUUGGACUUUGGUAACAUGAUUGCAGAUGACAUGUCAAACUAUGAUGAGGAAGGAGCAUGGCCCGUCCUUAUAGAUGAUUUUGUGGAAUUCGCUCGACCAAUUGUAACAGGAUCAAAACGUAAGACUCUCUAAAUCCAACCCCAAGUCUGGAAAGCCAGAACGUUGUUUCUUUUACAGUGACUUCAUAGUUUUUUUUAAGACUUGUACAAAAAAAGUGAAAAGCUUUGACUUCAGAGAGAAAACGGAAGCACUUGAAACUGUCAAGAAACUACCUUUCAGGGAGCUGAGUAAAAACAAUGAGAAACAACUGGCCACAUUUUUGUCCUCGUGAGACUGAGGCGUCAUGCGGACAUCGCCAAACUCACCUCUGUCUGUCCUGUUGGAUUCUCCGUAUCCUGGACGCCCCUAGGCUCUGCUCCAGGAGGAGCACUACCUGUCAGGCCACAGCCCUGUAAGUGGGGAUGGACACAGUACUAAGCGGAUGUCUGUUGGCGGUGUGUACUCUAAAGGGAUUGGAGAGGAGAAAACUGUGUGUUUUUAAGAUUCUUCCUAGUCAGCUUUGUUUUGUUAUAUGAAGUUCCAGAGUGACUGUGCAAAGCUCCCAUGUCUUACUCUCACUUUGGGACAGAGUGCUCACGACACCAGCACCAACAGAACUGUUGCAGUUUUUACUGUACAUACUGUAUCUAUUGGGACAGUUUACAAAGAUAGCUAUAUGAAGAAUAAUAUAAAUAUGUUCAAUUUAUAAAUGCAAAAGAUGAUUCUUUUAUGUACAGUAAAUGCUAAGAUCUCUAACGGGAUGCCUCAAUAUCGUGGAUGACAUGCUGUUGGUUUAAUUGUUAGGUGGAUCUGUCAAGUCAAGGAGUUGUGAGCUUCUCAUUGAAAGCAUUUUAGACACAUUUGACGUUGCCUCGGGCUGUUUUCACAAAUACAUUUUCACUCAAGUAAAGGCAGUGCUUUAAUUUAGAUAAUUGAUAUUGGUUCGUGGUACUCAUUUGUCCAGUUAGUCUCAGUUUGGUCUUGAAUCCUAAAUGUAAGUCUGAUUGAUCCGUCAGUCCUAUCCACAAUAGCACCAUUUUGCUUUCAAAAGAUAGUUUCUUUGUAACUGUUGACGAAAGACUAUUUAUCUAGUGACAAAUCCCUCUGAGGCAUUAAUGAUGCUGUAGCAGCAUUUAAGUAAAGUUUAAAGUUAAGAAAUUACAGACCCUUAGGAUUGCAUGGCACAUAUCUGUAUGUUAUGGCAGUGCGAAGACCUCAGUUCAGAAGCCAGGACACUAAAGAGGGCAACGACAGGAUGACAAAGUAAGCCUUAAGAAUAACUAUCUGUCUGUUCAAUAUUUAUGUUUCCUUUCAAGCCCAUCUGUCCAGUGUUACUGAAGGUAGUGAAAAGUAGAGUAUAUUGUUGAUACAUCAUGUAAGUAUAUUGUUCAUUUAAGAAAGAUGAAUAAAGCAUGAGUUUUUCCAUAAUCA